AGCCUCCCGAGCCUCUGAUUGGCUUUCAGCCUGGCGCCUGUCUCGGCCCCCGCGCCAGUUUCGGGCUGGUUGGCGCGGAAUCGGGAUACUUCAGGACCAUGGCGCCGGUGCACGGCGAAGACUGCGACACGGGGUCGAGCGCUGUGUCAGAUUCAGGGAGUUUUGUAGCUUCUCGAUCCAGGCGAGAAAAGAAAUCAAAGAGGGGGCAGCAAGAAGCUCUAGAAAGACUGAAAAGGGCUAAAGCUGGUGAGAAGUAUAAAUAUGAAGUUGAGGACUUCACAAGUGUUUAUGAAGAAGUUGAUGAAGAACAGUAUUCGAAGCUGGUUCAGGCUCGCCAGGAUGACGACUGGAUCGUGGAUGAUGAUGGUAUCGGCUAUGUGGAAGAUGGCCGAGAGAUUUUUGAUGAUGACCUUGAAGACGAUGCCCUUGAUUUUCAUGAGAAAGGAAAAGAUGAUAAAGCACGUACCAAAGACAGGAGGAAUGUAAAGAAGGCUGUGGUGACAAAACCAAACAAUAUCAAGUCAAUGUUCAUUGCUAGUGCUGGGAAGAAGACUGCAGAUAAAGUGGUAGAUUUGUCCAAGGAUGAUCUGCUAGGUGACAUUCUACAAGAUCUGAACACUGAGAAACCUCAGAUAUCUCCACCACCUGUAAUGAUACCAAAGAAAAAAAGAUCCAUUGGAGCUUUACUGAAUCCUUUCUCUGUGCACACCCCCAAGGUAGUUCCUUCAGGAAAAACAGCUUCCCCUGUCUUAAGGAAGGAGCCUCCAUUAACUUCAGUUCCCCUUAAAUGUGCUGAAUUUACUGGAGAGCCAGUGCCAGCGUUGUGUGUAGAUGACAAGGAGGACUCAGGAGCAAUGGAUUUUGAAGACGGUGACUUUGAUGAGCCCAUGGAGGCUGAGGAAGUGGAUGUGGAGCCUGUGGCUGUCAAGACUUGGCACCAAGAGAGUGAGCCAGCAGAGGGGGUGAAGCAUGAGGCAGAUCCUGGGAAAGGGACCACGUCCUACUUGGGAAGUUUUCUCCCAGAUGUUUCUUGUUGGGACAUUGAUCAGGAAGAUGACAGCAGUUUCUCAGCCCAGGAAGUCCAAGUGGAUUCCAGUCACCUCCCACUGGUAAAAGGGACAGAUGAGGAGCAAGUGUUUCAGUUUUAUUGGCUGGAUGCUUAUGAAGAUCAGUACAAUCAACCAGGUGUGGUUUUCCUGUUUGGCAAAGUUUGGAUUGAAUCUGCCAAAACCCAUGUGAGCUGUUGUGUCAUGGUGAAAAACAUCGAGCGAACACUUUACUUCCUUCCCCGAGAAAUGAAAAUUGAUCUAAGUAGAGGAAAAGAGACAGAAAUUCCAGUCACAAUGAAGGAUGUUUAUGAUGAAUUUGAUGAGAAAAUAGCAGCAAAAUACAAAAUCAUGAAGUUCAAGUCCAAGCCAGUGGAAAAGAACUAUGCUUUUGAGAUACCUGAUGUUCCAGAAAAAUCUGAGUACUUGGAAGUUAGAUACUCGGCUGAAAUGCCACAGCUUCCUCAGGAUUUGAAAGGAGAAACUUUUUCUCAUGUAUUUGGGACCAACUCAUCCAGCCUGGAAUUGUUCUUGAUGAGCAGAAAGAUCAGAGGACCUUGUUGGCUCGAAGUGAAAAAUCCACAGCUCUUGAAUCAGCCAGUCAGUUGGUGUAAAGUUGAGGCAAUGGCUCUGAAACCAGACCUGGUGAAUGUGAUUAAAGAUGUUGGUCCUCCUCCACUCGUGGUCAUGUCUUUCAGCAUGAAGACGAUGCAGAAUGCAAAGACACAUCAAAAUGAGAUUAUUGCUGUGGCAGCUUUGGUCCAUCACAGCUUUGCAUUAGAUAAAGCACCCCCACAGCCUCCCUUCCAGUCACAUUUCUGUGUUGUGUCUAAACCGAAGGACUGUAUUUUUCCAUAUACUUUCAAAGAAUACAUUAAGGAAAAGAAUGUGAAGGUUGAGAUCGCUGCAACAGAAAGAACAUUGCUAGGUUUUUUCCUCGCCAAAGUUCACAAAAUUGAUCCUGAUAUCAUUGUGGGUCAUAAUAUUUAUGGAUUUGAACUGGAAGUGCUCCUGCAGAGAAUUAAUGUGUGCAAAGUUCCUCAUUGGUCCAAGAUAGGUCGACUGAAGCGAUCCAACAUGCCAAAGCUUGGGGGCAGGAGUGGAUUUGGUGAAAGAAAUGCUACCUGUGGCCGAAUGAUCUGUGAUGUGGAAAUUUCAGCAAAGGAAUUGAUUCGCUGUAAAAGCUACCAUUUGUCUGAACUUGUUCAACAGAUUCUGAGAACUGAAAGAAUUGAAAUCCCAAUGGAGAAUGUACGAAAUAUGUACAGUGAAUCUUCUCAUCUGUUGUACCUGUUGGAACAUACCUGGAAAGAUGCCAGGUUCAUUUUGCAGAUCAUGUGUGAGCUAAAUGUUCUUCCAUUAGCAUUGCAGAUCACUAACAUCGCUGGGAACAUUAUGUCUAGGACGCUGAUGGGUGGACGAUCCGAGCGUAAUGAGUUCUUGUUGCUUCAUGCAUUUUAUGAAAACAACUAUAUUGUGCCUGACAAGCAGAUUUUCAGAAAGCCUCAGCAAAAACUGGGAGAUGAAGAUGAAGACAUAGAUGGAGAUGCCAAUAAAUACAAGAAAGGACGUAAGAAAGCAGCUUAUGCUGGAGGCUUGGUAUUGGACCCCAAAGCUGGUUUUUAUGAUAAGUUUAUUUUGCUCCUGGACUUCAACAGUUUGUAUCCUUCCAUCAUUCAAGAGUUCAACAUUUGUUUUACAACAGUGCAAAGAGUUGCUUCAGAGACACAGAAAAUUACAGAGGAUGGAGAACAAGAACAGAUUCCUGAGCUGCCAGACCCAAACUUAGAAAUGGGCAUUUUGCCCAGAGAGAUCCGGAAGCUGGUAGAGAGGAGAAAACAAGUCAAACAACUAAUGAAACAGCAAGACUUAAAUCCAGACCUUGUUCUUCAGUAUGACAUUCGACAGAAGGCUUUGAAGCUCACAGCAAACAGUAUGUAUGGCUGCCUGGGAUUUUCCUACAGCAGAUUUUACGCCAAACCACUGGCUGCUUUGGUGACAUACAAAGGAAGGGAGAUUUUGAUGCAUACGAAGGAGAUGGUACAGAAGAUGAAUCUUGAAGUUAUUUAUGGAGAUACAGAUUCAAUUAUGAUAAACACCAACAGCACUGAUCUGGAAGAAGUAUAUAAAUUGGGAAACAAGGUAAAAAGUGAAGUGAACAAGUUGUACAAACUGCUUGAAAUAGACAUUGAUGGUGUUUUCAAGUCUCUGCUACUGCUGAAGAAAAAGAAGUAUGGCGCUCUGGUUGUUGAGCCAACGUCAGAUGGGAAUUACUCCACCAAACAGGAGCUGAAAGGGUUAGAUAUAGUUAGAAGAGAUUGGUGUGAUCUUGCUAAAGAGACUGGAAACUUUGUCAUUGGCCAGAUUCUUUCUGAUCAAAGCCGAGACACUAUAGUGGAAAACAUUCAGAAGAGGUUAAUAGAAAUUGGAGAAAAUGUGCUAAAUGGCAGUGUCCCAGCGAGCCAGUUUGAAAUUAACAAGGCAUUGACAAAGGAUCCCCAGGAUUAUCCUGAUAAAAAAAGCCUACCUCAUGUACAUGUUGCCCUCUGGAUGAAUUCUCAAGGAGGCAGAAAGGUGAAAGCUGGAGAUACCGUGUCGUAUGUCAUCUGUCAGGAUGGGUCAAACCUCACUGCAGGUCAGAGGGCCUAUGCACCUGAGCAGCUACAGAAACAGGACAAUUUAACUAUUGACACCCAGUACUACCUGGCUCAGCAGAUCCACCCAGUCGUGGCUCGGAUCUGUGAGCCAAUAGAUGGAAUUGAUGCUGUCCUCAUUGCAACAUGGUUAGGACUCGACCCCACCCAGUUUAGAGUUCAUCAUUAUCAUAAGGAUGAGGAGAAUGAUGCCCUACUUGGUGGCCCAGCACAGCUCACUGAUGAGGAGAAAUACAGGGACUGUGAAAAAUUCAAGUGCCCAUGCCCCACAUGUGGAACAGAGAAUAUUUACGACAGUGUCUUAGAUGGUUCGGGAACUGAUAUGGAGCCCAGCUUGUAUCGCUGUAGUAAUAUUGAUUGUAAGACUUCACCUUUGACCUUUGUGGUACAGAUGAGCAACAAAUUGAUCAUGGACAUGAGACGUUGCAUUAAAAAAUACUAUGAAGGCUGGUUGAUUUGUGAGGAGCCAACCUGUCGAAAUCGAACUAGGCGCCUUCCCCUUCAGUUCUCCCGAAAUGGGCCUCUUUGCCAAGUCUGCAUGAAAGCUACACUUCGGCCAGAGUAUUCUGACAAGUCCCUGUACACCCAGCUGUGCUUUUACCGGUACAUUUUUGAUGCGGACUGUGCACUGGAGAAACUUAUUACCGAUCAUGAGAAAGAUAAGUGGAAGAAGUUUUUUACCCCCAAAGUUCGUCAGGACUACCAAAAACUCAAGAACACUGCAGAGCAGUUCUUGGCCCGAAGUAGCUACUCGGAAGUGAACCUCAGCAAACUCUUCGCUGACUGCGCCGUGAGGCCUUGAGGGCGCCCCAGAAGGGGCAGCCUGGGGGGGUGAAGACGGACACCCGGCUUCCUGGCCACUGCACCACCUCCGCCGGACCCUCCUGCUUCUCGGCCAUCACGUCUCCUGUAGGACCACCGCGUCUCCUGUUUGUGCGCAUGGGGCUUGGGAGGGGCAUUACUGACGGGGACUGGGAG